CACGUGUUCAUUAAAGAAUAUGAACGUUCUAUACACUUUUACAGCAGCUACGGUUCUGAACAUCAUAUUUAUAAUAAUACAAGCCUUUCAAUGUGGAAAACCAUCUGGAGGGGAAUAUCGAAUUGAAGAAAGGAUUGUUUCCGGUUACGAUGUAGGUUACUACAAGUACCCUUGGUACGUAGCACUACACAAUGGAAACUUUAUAUCUUGCGGUGGUUCUUUAAUAGCACCUAGAACAGUUUUAACGUCAGCACAUUGUUUUAAAUCCUUCAUUCCAAAAGCCAGGCAGGGACUGGCGAAUUUAACGGAUGCGUAUGAAGUAAGUAUAGGGGUGUACGAUUGGUGUGAAAGAAACACUACUCGACAAAAUUACACCUUAAUAGAAGUAAUCCCUCAUGAAAAAUAUUGGGACUACCAACCAUACUAUGACAUUGCCAUAUUAGUGCUCGACAACCCUACAGACCAAUUCACCCCGAUAUGUCUUCCACCGGCAAACGUAAAGUUUAAGCCGAAGGAGGGAAUUGUGGUGGGCUUGGGCUCGCUGAAAUAUAAUGGUGAAGCGCCCUGCAAACUGAACGAGGCCAGGCUCUUAAUUUAUACAGACAAGGAGUGUCAUAAAAUGUUAAAUGAGACGGGUAACAACGAUACCCUUAUAAAAUCAGCAUUCUGCGCCGGAUAUUUGGCUGGUGGUAUCGACGCAUGCCAGGGGGAUAGUGGAGGACCGUUACAAGUCAUUGGAUCAAACGGAAAUUACGUGCAAAUAGGCAUAGUUUCGUUUGGAUUUAAGUGUGCAUCACCAGGUCUCCUGGGGUUAUAUACGGACGUGUCGAUGUAUACAUCUUGGAUAAAUGAUAAACUCGACUACAUCGAAUCCAAAUAUCGAACUCCAAAUAUCUACAGACAUCGGUUUUUUGGUUUUACUUCUAGUGACUUACAUAUUUUAUAUAUAAUUGUCGUGACAUUUUGGUUGUUGUUUAUAAUAGGUUGUUUUCUUUUUCGAAUAAUACAUUAAAUUUACAGAAGAGAGAACAAUUAAAGUAUGAAUAACAAUU